GCAACUGCAACAGGCCGCGAUGGGAUGCUGAAACUGUUGGCCAAAGGUGUGCAGGCCUCCACGUACACUUCCCUUUGCCUCCCGGAUGACCUUGAAAAAAGAGGAGUGGCCUCUUUGCCCAAUUUUUACUUCCGGGAUGACGGGAUGAAGAUCUGGAACGCCAUUCAUAAGCUGGCCUCUGGCAUCGUCCAUCUCUACUACAAAUCUGAGGCAGCCGUCAAGGAGGACGUCGAACUGCAAGCCUGGGUGCACGAAAUUUUCAAAGAAGCUUUCCUGGGCUUGAAGUCAUCUGGUAAGAGGCCCCUGGGCUACUACCCCGAUCAGCACUUCACAGAAGAGCAGCCCCAAAAGCUGAUUGCUGAAUUCCAGGAGUGCCUGGCUGAGAUCUCCAAGGAAAUCAACGAGAGGAACAAGGGACUUCCCAUUGGCUACCUCUACUUGAACCCGACUGAAGUUCAGAACAGCGUCUCCAUAUAA